AUGCAAAUCGCCUUCCUUUCCAUCGCUCUCAUUGGCCCGCGCUGCGCCCUCGCGUCACGCCAGGCGUACGCCACGCUCUCAUUUGCAUCCGCUCCCCGCUCGCCCUUGCGGUUCUCCUUCCGCAACAGAACAGUUCCCGGGAAACGAACGGGGCCGCCGCCACAGCGCUGCGCUCUCGUGCAGGUGAGGAGCGCGGAGGGGGAGGCGCUGGACGGGGAGGACCUGAGCCUGCAGCCGUCGGCGGCCAAGAAGGUGAAGCUGGAGCUGAAGGAGAGGAAGGAGAAGAAGCACAAAGUGGACGAAGAUGAGAUCCAGAAGAUGCAAAUACUGGUCUCCUCCUUUUCUGAAGAACAGCUGAAUCGCUAUGAGAUGUAUCGCCGCUCUGCCUUCCCCAAAGCUGCUAUCAAACGGCUGAUCCAGUCCAUCACGGGUACCUCUGUCUCUCAGAACGUGGUUAUUGCCAUGUCUGGCAUUUCCAAGGUCUUCGUUGGGGAAGUGGUGGAGGAAGCGCUGGAUGUGUGUGAGAAGUGGGGGGAGCUGCCACCUCUGCAGCCCAAACACAUGCGGGAGGCUGUCAGGAGGCUCAAGUCACGAGGACAGAUCCCAAAUUCCAAAUAUAAAAAGAUCAUCUUCCACUGAAGUGUCCUGGGAUCAGCAAAGAGAAGACAAGUUCAAACAAGCUUCGGUUGUGCACCGUACAGCAGUUGCAGCAGAUAUGAGACAGAAGCACUCACCCUCUCCUGUUUGCAGUCCUCUCCAAGGAGCCUUUACUCAAGCUCAAUUCAACGUGGAUUUUGGUAACUUCAAGCACGGAGGUUUAUCUGGAUUGCUUUCAGUUUACAAAACUACCAUGAAUGCUCUCAGCACGGCUCAUGGGAUAGAAGGGCAGGGAGAAAUGCUGAAGCUGCAGUUGUCCCAUUAAGCUCAUCCCCAUAGGAGAGGCUCCCUGCCAGCAGCCCACGAGCAGCACGUUGUGUACAGUCAUUCAUGUAGGCAACCAUGGGGAUGUUUCCUGCAGUAACUUCUGAAGGCCAGCUUGUCAGCUGGGUGCUGUGCGGGCUCGAUUCCUGGCCUGGUGCCUCAGGGUCCUCUGAUCCAGCAGCCUGGGAGAGGAACGUGCAACAUCUUCAGUGUAUUUACCCACCAGCAUCGUACCUUCUGCUGGCACAGGUGUAGUGGUGUCUAUGUACAGAAGUGUCUUUUUUUUGUACAUUAAACUUGUUACUAUAUUCUUAGUCUCGCUGGAACAGCAAAUA